ACUAGUGAAGUGCGUGAAUUUCAUACCAAACCCAUACCUUGCAUUCCACCUUUACUGUCAAACCAGGAGAAAUAUUACUGAAAACAAUAAGCGGCUCAGGCAAGAAAUAGGUGUUUAAUUAAUGAUAUUUCGUCUUUUUGCGGCACAUCUAGACGCGUUUUCCCCCAGUUAAAGGACUGCCAAGGAAAGGAAGGACAAGGCGAGCUGUUUGGGAAGACAGUUCCCUCAGACUGAAACCACUGCGUUCUCGGUCCCAGAGUAGUGUGUGGGCUCGUGGCAGGGCCCGAUCAGAGCCGGCACCAUUGCGUCAAACGAGUGGAGUGCGAACGGAAGCCCUCAGCAGGGGCUGGAAGAUGGCGGCGAUGACCUCGAUAAGACGAUGGACAGUGAUGCGGAGGGUGUAUGGAGCCCCGAUAUUGAGCAGAGUUUCCAGGAGGCACUCGCCAUCUACCCACCCUGUGGCCGCCGCAAGAUCAUCCUCUCGGAUGAGGGAAAGAUGUAUGGCCGCAAUGAACUCAUUGCCAGGUACAUUAAGCUGAGGACAGGAAAAACCCGCACAAGAAAACAGGUUUCUAGCCAUUUGCAGGUUCUUGCCCGGAGAAAAUCUCGCGAAAUACAGUCAAAGCUGAAGGCCAUGAACUUGGAUCAAGCAUCUAAAGACAAGGCUCUUCAGAAUAUGGCGUCACUGUCCUCAGCCCAGAUAGUUUCUCCAAAUCUGAUCAAGAGCCAGCUUCCUCCACUGACCCAGCCACCCUAUGCACCUCCCCCUCGGUUUUGGCCGACUCCAAUCCCAGGACAACCUGGACCCUCUCAGGACAUCAAGCCAUUUGCAAGCAGUUACACAAACCUAUCUGGACCUGUUCCACCUCCGAUAUCAGCAUACGAGCCUUUGGCACCCCCUCUGCCCCCAGCAGCCACUGCCGUGCCUGUGUGGCAGGACCGCACCAUUGCCUCCUCCAAACUGCGCAUGCUUGAGUACUCCGCCUUUAUGGAGGUUCCCAGAGACCAGGACACUUACAGCAAGCAUUUAUUUGUGCACAUUGGACAGACCAACCCAUCAUACAGCGAUCCGCUGCUCGAGGCAGUGGACAUACGGCAGAUCUACGACAAAUUCCCGGAGAAGAAGGGAGGGCUAAAAGAGCUGUAUGAAAAGGGCCCACAAAAUGCCUUUUUCCUGGUCAAAUUUUGGGCGGAUCUGAAUAGCAACGAUAUGCAGGAUGGACCUGGAUCUUUCUAUGGCGUCAGCAGCCAAUACUGCAGCACUGAGAACAUGACCAUUACUGUCUCCACAAAAGUCUGCUCGUUUGGCAAGCAGGUGGUAGAGAAAGUAGAGACGGAAUAUUCGAGAAUGGAAGGAGGAAAGUGUGUGUACAGGAUCCACCGCUCCCCCAUGUGCGAAUACAUGAUCAACUUCAUCCACAAGCUCAAGCACCUGCCUGAGAAGUACAUGAUGAACAGUGUUUUGGAGAACUUUACCAUAUUGCAGGUGGUGACUAACAGGGAAACACAGGAAACUCUGCUUUGCAUAGCAUUUGUAUUCGAAGUGUCAACGAGCGAACAUGGGGCACAGUACCACGUCUACCGUCUCAUUAAGGACUAGCCACUCUACGAGAAGGGGUUUCGCCAAUGGACAUUCUAUCUUUUUGUCCAGACGUCAGAGCAAUACACGAGCAUGUAGCCAAGAACGGAUGCAUUUUUUUUUGUUUCCGUACUGAUCCGAGUAAAAGUGGAUAAAGGCUCAAAAAGAGGGCCAUGCACAAAUGGAAAUUAGAAAUGUACAAUUGCUCUGAUAAAGGACAGUGUUUUUUAUACAUAUUUAAAUGCCUUAAAAACAAAGUGGGUCUCGUCGGUUUUACUGCAAACAAAUUAUACAUUAUUUUGUUUGUUUUUGCUUUUUCUAUUUUACUGAGGGACUAUGAAUGUUGAACAUGUUGGCAGGAAGUUGAGGUUUUAGCAUUGGAAGACAAUGUGUGUCCUUAGGUACACAGUGCAUAUAAGAAGUAAGGACAAGGCCUAUUUUUUUUCUCUCUCUCUCAGUAGGAUAGGUCUAAUGUAAACAUCCUGCUGUUUCUCCUACAUGGGAACAAUAUUGAACAAUCAGUUAAACUUUGGCCUUAAGUAACAAGUGCAAAGGCCAUAUUUUAUAUUAUUUUAAGUAAAUGACAGUUUGAUAUACAGUAUAAGUUGCAGUGUUAAAAGGCAACAUAUGGCCGUGUAGAGAUUGAGAAACACUGCGACGCAUAUUUACCUUGACCUGUCCUUUAUCUAAUAAGGAGGUGUCAGAUAUAAGAAGGUUUACACACCCACUACACAAGUCAGUGAAAUUUACAAGUGCCUCUGUCCAAAGAACAGUGUGGGUGACAUUCUGAAGUGCCUUUUGACUACCUCUUGAGAUAAAUCAAUACAAAUAUUUGCUAGUGUUUUGAUACAAGAGCAUGAUUAAGCAUUUAAGCCUUUUAAUCAAAUAUCACUUCAGUUAUUUGUUCAGUUUGUUUAUUUCCUACUUGUAACAAGUACAUUGAAUCAUAAGGAAGCAUUCAAGAGGCCUUGUUGUAAAUGAAUAACAGCACAUUGUACUAAAGAGAGGUUAACUAAGUGAAUAAGUUCAUUGUCAGUAUGUAGAUGUGUUUUGCGUUAAAUUACCUUCUAACACAAAGAAGAUGGCUUAACUAUGGCUGCCUAUGGGUAAUAUUUUAAUGGUAGCGUUACUAUACCCUUAAAUUAAAUGUUUUUGGUUGCUGUUUUUGACAGUGGAAAGUCCUGCCUUUUGUUAUUGUGUUUUCUGGUGCUUUUGAAUCCUUAGGGAAGAUUCAGCAUUAUAAAACUGUGCCUACGAGGAGAUUGACUUCUUCCACACAAACCAUUGUGCCAUACUCAUCAUUUGAAUGAAUCUUUUUUGAAUACUGGGUACGCUUCAAAUGAUUUCAAACUGCUAAAGGUUUUUUCAAUCAGAAAUUAUUUUUAAAAAUCAAAAAGUGACAAGUGGUUUCACCACUAUCAUGUCAUUCCCUUAAGUCUACUUGUUGGUCAAAGCUGUCUAGUCUUUGCUCUUUAUGAAUACUAGAGUACUAUACUGUUUACUCCAUACGAAAUAAGUGAUUAUGUCUGAAAAGUACCAUACGGUGUUUAAACAGAACUGACACAAAAGGUUCACUGUUUGUCUCCCAACAUGACAUACUUGUACUGAUUUCACUGCAACGGAAGAGGGACAAAAUAAUCUAUUAUACAGUUGCAGGUCUUUCUUGUGCUGACAAUAUUUGUUAAUUCAUUUAAUUCCAUGUGAAGAGUUUUGCAUAAGCUUUAGUUAAAUUUACUGAAGAUUUAAUUAAUGAUUUACAAAAUAAAUUUAUGCAGAAAUUCAUUCGUCAAUGCUUUUCAUGUUAAACGGUACUUCAUGGUAAAUGGACAGUGAUGGGCUUAAUUUGCUUUAAGCUAUCAUUGCAUUGGUACAGCCUUAGCAUAUAAAUGGUGGUGUCUGUGAACUUUGACAGCUUCCUCAAUUGUACUUUUUUUUUACAGGCUCUUGGAUUAUUGUUUUUUUAUUGUUAUUAUUAAUUAUUAAUGUCAUGUUUGCUCUUUGACUUUCAAUUAAUGCUGUUUGCAUCAAUUGAAAAUUGUGUGUUACUGUUGAGAUUUUAUAUAAUAAUCUAAAUGGUGUUGGAGUUUUCUUUUCCCCCUCGAUACCCAGUAACGGUUCACUGUGACAUUGGUUACCAAAUGUGCAUUGAAGUCAUUUAUGUUAUAUACAAUGUGAGGGUUUUGUACAAUAUUAUCUAAACAACAAUACCAGUUCAGCAAUACCAAUAAAAAUUGUCUUGGCUCCCCUUGGGA